AUGUCUCCUUCUUCUGAUGUUACUGAAACUCCCACUCCUACACACGGAUCUUCAUCCACAACAAUAGGCAAUGGGAAUACCAUUGAUUCCACCCAUCCCUUCUUUCUCCAUGCAUCUGAUGCACCGAGGAUGAUACUUGUCAACACACCAUUUGAUGGUCGAGGUUAUGCUGGAUGGAGCAGGUCUAUCUUGAUUUCACUUUUUGCCAAGAACAAGUUGGGAUUUAUUGAUGGAUCUUGCCCUAUGCCAAUCCCAACAGAUCCUACUUUUCAGACCUGGAGCAGGUGUAACCAUAUGGUUACAUCAUGGUUGCUAAAUUCUCUGACCAAAGUGAUUGCUGACAGUGUCCUUUAUUCAAAAACAGCUAAGGAUCUAUGGCUGGAUCUGGAGCACAGGUUUGGACAACCCAAUGGAGCCAAAUUAUAUCACCUGCAAAAGGAGUUAGCUGAUUUAGUCCAAGGAUCAGCAGAUAUUGCUAGUUAUUUUACCAAAAUAAAACGAUUGUGGGAUGAGUUGGACACUCUCAACACUGAUAUGUACUGCUCUUGUAACUGUGAAUGUGGUGAUAAGAAGAAAAUGCAACAGUUUAAGGAAGAUGAAAGGCUCAUUCAAUUCCUCAUGGGUUUGAAUGAGACCUAUGGACAGGUUAGAAGCAACAUUCUUAUGAUCAACCCAUUACCCUCAGUCAAUCAAGCAUAUUCUCUUCUCAUGCAAGAUGAGAAUCAGAGGGAAAUUCAUGUGAACUCUCAUUUCCCAACAGAUGGUUCUUCAUUCCUAGUAAGAAAUCAAGCUUCUCAGAACCAUCAGACCUCUAAUGGUCCUCAAUUCUACACUCAACAGAAGACUGGAAACAAUUCCUAUAAAGGGAACUCUGCAUAUAAAGGGAAAAAGAAUGCACAGAUGUAUUCUUAUUGCAAAAUGACUAAUCACACCAUUGACAACUGCUAUAGGCUUAUUGGUUUCCCUGCUGAUUUCAAAUUCACUAAAAACAAGAAGAUGCAACAUACUACAAAAGGAAAUUCAGCUGCUGCAAUAGAGGAUACAGGAGAAGUUUGCAACAAAAUGGCAGAAGGACCUCAGUUUGCUCAGAAACUUUCAUCAGAUCAGUUUAAUCAACUGGUCAAUCUUCUGAAUCAAAUGCAAACAGGGCAGGGAGGCACACAGGAGGUUAAUGCAAAUUCUGCUGCUGGUAUAUUACUUACCAACUCCCCAACCUGUUAUUCCAUUGCUAAUUCUAACCUUGCACACUCCUGGAUCAUAGAUUCAGGAGCAACUGAGCACAUGUGUUUUAAUGCCAGUACAUUCUUAUUCUUAUUACCCUUACCCACUCCUAUAAUGGGCCCUCUCCUGAAGAGUCCACAAGUUUUUGGUGAGGCUAAAGAAGGACUUUACUUAGUACAGCCUACUGUGACAGAGUCUAGGAACCUUUCUUCACAAACUACAACAUCUUUGUUUAAGAAGUCUUUUUCUAAUUCAGUUUCAACUUCUUUUUCUUUUCCUAUUUUAGCAAAAACAGAGUCUGAUGUAAUGUUAUGGCAUGUAAGAUUGGGGCAUUUGCCUUUCAAUGCAAUGAAACACAUCAAUUCUAUCUCAUUUCUUUCUACUCAUGUUUGUGAUUGUGAUAUUUGUCCUCAAGCAAGACAGUCUAGAUCACCAUUUCCAAUUAGCCACAUCAAAACUAACCAAGCAUUUGAUCUAAUUCACAUUGACACAUGGGGACCUUAUAGGACACCUACUCAUAAUGGAUACAAAUAUUUUUUAACCAUAGUGGAUGAUUUCAGUAGAGCAACAUGGACUUAUCUGUUAAGCACAAAGAGCAAUGCCUUUUCUGUUUUAAAAUGUUUCUUAAGCAUGGUGGAAAGACAAUUCAAUGCUAAAGUGAAGAUCAUCAGAUCAGAUAAUGCUUUAGAAUUAGGAAAAGCAACUGCUGCAUCUCUAUUUCUGCAGUCUCAAGGAAUCCUACAUCAAACUUCAUGUGUGGGUACUCCACAACAAAAUGGUAUUGUAGAGAGGAAGCACAAACAUUUGUUGGAAGUGGCCAGGGCUUUAUUGUUUCAAUCCAAGGUGCCUAUAUCCUAUUGGGGAGAAUGCAUAUUGACAGCUACAUUUUUAAUCAACAGAUUUCCCUCUAAGGUUCUUAAGGAUCCUCCUUCUCCAUCAGUUCAAAAUCCUUUAGUUUUUCCUCCUCCUUCAAAUCCCUUCACCCCUGAUCCUUCCUUUCCACAAUCAGUUCCAUCACUAUCUACACCCACACCUCACACCCUACCUAAUUGUCUUCCUACACACACAGAUUCCCCUGUUGUUUCCCCUGUUCCUCUACCUGCUUCCCUUAAUUCCCCUGCUCCUUCUCCUAUUUCUUCUUCUCCUUCUAUUCCCCUCAGGAGAUCCAACAGAGAUAAUCUAGGCACCCUACCAGGAUAUCUAAAGGACUAUGUUUGCAACCACAUCUAUUUCACUAAUCUUACCAAUUUCUGUUUUUCUACUCCUUGUUCACCACCUCCAUUCUCUUUUUCUGCUCUCUCCACCUCUAAUCAGCAUCUCAUUCAUUCUCUCUCUACCAUUUCAGAACCAACCUCUUACAAUCAGGCUUGUUCCAAUCCAGGUUGGGUGCAAGCAAUGGAUUCUGAACUCCAAGCCUUGGAAGAGAAUCACACCUGGGAUGUAGUUCUCUUACCUUCUGGCAAGAAAACUCUUCCUUGUAAAUGGGUCUACAAGGUCAAGCAUCAUGCUGAUGGCUCUAUUGAGAGGUUAAAGGCCAGGUUGGUUAUCAGGGGUGAUGUGCAGAGAGAAGGCAUUGACUACACAGAAACCUUCUCUCCAGUUGUCAAGAUGACUACCAUCAGAUGUUUACUUUCUAUUGCAGUCAAGAAAGGGUGGACUAUUUCUCAAUUUGAUGUAAGUAAUGCUUUUCUACAUGGGGAGUUACAGGAAGAGGUUUACAUGAAAUUUCCUGCUGGUUUGUCUUCCCCCAGUCCUAACCAUGUUUGUCGACUUAAAAAGUCUCUUUAUGGCUUGAAGCAAGCUUCAAGACAGUGGUAUGCACGACUUGCUGGAGCCCUCAGUUUUAAGGGAUUCUCUUCCUCUCUAAAUAAUUAUUCCCUAUUCUUUAAACACACAGGGGAUCUCAUUUCCAUUGUUGCUGUAUACGUGGAUGAUAUUCUAAUUACAGGCAAUAACUAUGAUGAAUUAUCAGAUCUUAAAGGAUUUCUACAUUCUGAGUUCAAAAUGAAGGAUCUUGGGCCUCUUCACUACUUCUUAGGCAUGGAAAUUUUGAGGGAGCAUGAUGGAAUUAUUAUAACUCAAAGGAAAUUUACCACUGACCUGCUUGCUGAAUUUGAUUGCACCACUCUUCCCACUGCUCCUUUAUCUGAUGCUUGCCUCUAUCGUCGUCUUGUUGGCAAGCUCAACUAUUUGACUCACACGCGGCUUUAUCUCUCAUUUGCUGUUUUGACUCUCAGCCAAUAUCUUCGCUCUAACCCUAGCCAGGGUUUGUUUCUCAAUGCUCGACCCUCUUUUGAUUUAUUGGCCUUCUGUGAUGCUGAUUGGGCUUCUUGCCGUGACAGUCGUCGCUCAUUCAGUGGGUUUUUCAUCAGUUUGGGUGGUUCACCGGUGUCUUGGAAAUCUAAGAAGCAAGCUUCCGUGUCUCUAUCUUCCGCUGAAGCGGAGUAUCGUUCAAUGCGUCGCCUAGUGGCUGAGCUUACUUGGUUAACUCGUCUUCUCACAGAUCUAUCUGCUCCUCCUCCGAUUCCGGUUCCAAUUUUUUCUGACAGCCAGGCAGCAAUACAUAUUGCUCGGAAUCCCGUUUUUCAUGAAAGAACCAAACACGUUGAACUCGAUUGCCACUUUGUGAGGCAACAGUUCCUUUCCGGCCUCAUCUCUCUCUCUUUUGUACCCUCAAAACUUCAACUUGCUGAUUUAUUCACAAAACCCUUGUCAGGGCCCUCUCACAACUCGAUUCUUGGCAAGUUGGGGGUAUCUUCUAUCCCCUCCAACUUGAAGAAGGAUGUUGGAAUACAUCAAGGAAUUUCUCAACCUGACUCUUUAAUUUCUCAACAAGGAUUUCACACAGAAGAGGAGAAAAGGUUCGAUGAAAAAGAAGAAGAGAAGAAAGGAUUUUUGGACAAAGUAAUUUCGGACAAAACUAAGCUGAGUCUUUUGUGUUAA